UGCACUGACGGAUGUGUUGACGGUAGAUAUGGAGACAGAUGUGAACUGCCUUGUUUGGGAAACUGCACAAGUUGUACCCGGGAUGGAGAACAGUGUUUAGGUUGCAUUGAUGGAAUGUUUGGUAGUUCUUGUUCACGGGAAUGUGGUCAGUGUGUUGGCCAGCGCUGUAAUAAAGACACGGGUCAUUGUGAAACACCAUGUCAAAUGGGUUGGACUGGUCAACGGUGUGAAGUCAAAGCCGAGAAACAGACAGAGGAUGACAGUAGCAAUGUUGGCACAUAUGUUGGAGUCGGAGGCGUUUUAAUAGUCGUCGGCCUGAUUGUGAUCAUUGCGGUAGUUUGCAUAAUCAAACGAAAAUCAUCCACAUCCGGCGAAACUGCAUCCUCACCCUCAGUGGCAUAUGGAGGGCCAAAUCCUUCAAACAACUCGAACAGACACUCGGACGAAACAGGAGGACAUGUCUAUCUUAACCUUCAAGAUGGAAGUAUGCCAGAACAAUCAGAAAACCCUGAAAAUGUGUAUUACAACGAAGGGCCAGUUGGGUUCCCCGUCAGUAUGCUGAAGACACUUAUAUCUGAGAAAAUGGAAGACGAAGAAAAGAAGUUUAUUUCGGAAUUUGAGGCAUUUCCAGUCGGUGCAAUUCAUCCUCAUGCGAUUGCAGAGAAGAAUAAGUCGAAGAAUAGAUUCAAAGCCAUAUAUCCAUAUGACCAUUCAAGGGUAAUUCUUAACACAAUCCCGGGCGGAAAUAGUUCAGACUAUAUUAACGCAAACUACAUCGAUAGUGUUGAAGAAAGGAAGGUGUAUGUUGCAACUCAAGGACCACUCCCAUCUACGACCGAUGACUUUUGGAGGAUGGUCUGGACUAUAAACUCUGGGAAGAUAGUGAUGCUUACAAACCUAGUUGAAAGUCGAAAGGACAAAUGUGAGAAGUACUGGCCAGACGAAGGUGACUCCAUGACAACAAAGACAUUUGACAUCAUGCUGAACAGGGAACGAGAUUAUGCGUCUCACGUUGUCAGGAAUAUCACACUAAUUGAUCGAAAGUCAAAAGAGAAGCGAGAUAUCCAUCAGUUUCAUUUCACCACCUGGCCGGAUCAUGGGACCCCGAACACGUUAGAACUUGUCUUAUUUCAUCGUCGCGUAAAGCUGCACAAAACUACACUUCCUGGCCAGAUGGUGGUUCACUGCAGUGCUGGUAUUGGAAGAACAGGAACGUUUAUCGCCCUUGACGCGCUGUUAGAUUUCGGGAAAAAAUAUGACCGCAUCAACAUCCGCCAUUAUGUAAAUAUGAUGAGAAAGGACAGAAUGCACAUGAUUCAAACAGAGGAACAAUACGUCGCUCUUCAUGAAAUUCUGGCUGAGGCAUUUGACCUUCAAGAUACACUGAUAACGAAAUCAAUGUUCGUAUCCAAGUACCAUGCUUUGUCUACUACGGGUCAACCUCAAAACCAGACACAACUGAGGGAUGAGUUCAAAUUGAUGUUGGAUCUCAAGCCAGAUUACAAGUUAGAACAGGACUUUUUAGCUUCUACACUUCCUGAAAAUAAAGUAAAAAAUAGGACAAUGCGGAUAUUGGCAGCUGAUAGAUUUAGAGCCUUCCUCAAAUCAUAUCCAUCGAACAGAAAUGACUAUAUCAAUGCUGUGAUAACACAGUCUUACACAGGCAGGCAGGGGUAUAUAGCCACGCAAUUUCCUUUACCCGACACCAGGACUGACUUUUGGAACCUGGUGAUGGACUACCAAUGUGACACAAUCGUCAUAUUAGGGGAAGAAAAGGAGCUGCAGGAUACACAAUGGAUACCUGACGACAGAGUCGAUAUUGAUAUUGGAGAUUUCAAUGUUAAACAGAAGGGAACUGCAACCGAAUUUAACGGUGUGGAUGUGACUGAU